UCUCUUGAUUUUCCAGGUGAGGAGGGAGAGUAAGGACCACGCCACACUGAGCGACAUCUACCUCAACAACGUCAUCAUGAGGUUCAUGCAGAUCAGCGAAGACUCCACACGGUUACUCAAGAAGAGCAAGGAGAUAGCCUUUCAGCUCCAGGAAGACUUAAUGAAGGUCCUAAAUGAGCUGUACACAGUGAUGAAGACCUACCACAUGUACCACUCAGAGAGCAUCAAUGCUGAGAGCAAGCUGAAGGAGGCGGAGAAGCAAGAGGAGAAGCAGAUUGGCAGAGGGGAUCCCGUUUUCAGCAUCCGAAUGGAGGACAAAUACGCGAAGCGCAGCUCUGUGAAGAAGAUCGAGAAGAUGAAAGAAAAGCGUCAAGCCAAGUAUUCAGAGAACAAGCUGAAGUCGAUCAAAGCACGGAAUGAGUACCUGCUGACACUGGAAGCGACAAACGCCUCCGUUUUCAAGUACUACAUCCAUGACUUGUCGGAUUUAAUUGAUUGUUGCGAUUUGGGGUACCACGCUAGUCUGAAUCGAGCCCUGCGGACCUACCUGUCAGCCGAGUACAACCUCGAGACAUCACGCCACGAGGGUCUUGAUAUCAUUGAAAAUGCUGUGGACAGUCUGGACCCACGCAGUGACCGGCAGAGGUUUAUGGAGAUGUACCCUAUGGCCUUCUGCCCACCCGCAAAGUUUGAGUUCCAGCCUCACAUGGGAGACGAGCUGUGUCAGAUCUCAGUGCAGCCACCGAUGAGCGGAGAGCUCAUCCUGAGGUUCCAGCAGCUGCAGUCUCGUCUGGCUACUUUGAAGAUUGAGAAUGAGGAGAUCAAAAAAACAUCAGAGGCCACCCUGACCACCAUCCAGGAUAUGGUCACCAUUGAAGACUAUGACGUGUCAGAGUGUUUCCAUCACAGCCGUUCCACAGAGUCAGUCAAGUCCACUGUGUCAGAGACGUACCUCAGCAAACCCAGCAUUGCUAAGAGGAGGGCCAACCAGCAGGAGACAGAGCAGUUCUACUUCAUGAAAUUCCGGGAGUUUCUGGAGGGCAGUAAUCUCAUCUCUAAACUGCAGGCCAAACACGACUUGCUGAAGAGGACGCUCGGUGAAGGCCACAGAGCUGACUACAUGACCACAAGACAUCCCAAUGGGCCACUCAAAACCCACACUGGCACCCGGCGGCCUAGACCUCGCUCCGUUUUUAAUGUUAGGUUAUUUAAUGGCAAUUUGGAGUCAUUUAUUAAGGAUUCUGGACAAGCUAUCCCCCGUGUGGUCGAAAGCUGUAUUCGCUACAUAAAUUUGUAUGGCCUCCAACAUCAAGGAAUAUUCCGUGUGUCUGGAUCCCAGCUGGAGGUCAAUGACAUCAAGAACUCAUUUGAGAGAGGAAAUGAUCCUCUGACGGACGACGAGAACAACCAUGAUAUCAACUCAGUGGCUGGUGUUCUGAAACUUUACUUCCGGGGUCUGGAGAACCCUCUUUUCCCUAAGGAGAGGUUCAGUGAUCUGCUCUCCUGCAUCAGAAUAGACAACCUGUAUGACAGAGCACUGUACAUCCGUAAGAUCCUCAUGACCAUUCCCAGAUCAGUCCUCAUCGUCAUGCGCUACCUCUUUGCCUUCCUCAACCAUCUCUCCCAGUACAGUGAUGAGAACAUGAUGGACCCAUACAACCUGGCCAUAUGCUUUGGCCCCACACUAAUGCCCACACCAGACAGCCAGGACCAGGUCUCAUGCCAAGCCCAUGUCAACGAGAUCAUCAAGACCAUCAUCAUCCACCAUGAGACCAUCUUUCCAGAUGCCAAAGAACUGGAUGGACCAAUUUAUGAGAAGUGCAUGGCUGGAGGCGACUACUGUGAAAGCCCCUACAGUGAGCAUGGAGCGCUGGAGGAGGUUGAUGGAGUUGAAGGAGGGACGGAGACACACACCAGCGAGGACGAGGGCGAACCCAUCGAAGCCAUCGCCAAGUUUGACUACGUUGGGCGCUCUUCCCGAGAAUUGUCCUUCAAGAAGGGUGCCUCCCUGCUGCUUUAUCAGCGGGCGUCUCAAGACUGGUGGGAGGGACGGCACAACGGCAUCGAUGGUCUGGUACCACACCAGUAUAUUGUAGUCCAAGACAUAGAUGACAACUUCUCAGACACUCUGAGCCAAAAGGCUGACAGCGAGGCCAGCAGCGGCCACGCUGGAGAAGACAAAUGCUCGGGAAAAGACAUCACCUCACCCGCUGACACCAGGAUCUCUGAGGCCUACAUCUCCAGGCACAGGAAAAGAUCGGACCCACCGUCUCGACGGCCCCCUGCCCGACCUAGUGAUGUGCACUGCAUAGUGCAUGCGCCCCAGCAGGGUCACGGUGGACAUGGUGGCACCCCAGAAAUGGGUUCUCCAGUUCUAGGUCACUUCAGCCCGCGGGACAUGCUGCGGAGUCGCAACCACAUGCCCAUGGACAGCCCUGAGCGAAGGCGCCGCACUGGCCAUGGCAGUCUGACUAACAUCAGCCGGCAUGAGUCCCUGAAGAAGAUGGAGAGCCCCCCAAUCCGCCGCUCCACCUCCUCGGGCCAUUACACGGGCUUUACUGACGCCCACCACCACCACCAUCACCACCACCAUGGUGGCAAGUCCCUGGAUCCGGAGACUAUCGCACAGGACAUAGAAGAAACCAUGAACACUGCUCUGAAUGAGCUGCGUGAGCUGGAGCGGCAGAGCUCAGCCAAGCACGCCCCUGACGUGGUGCUGGACACCCUGGAGCAGCGGCAGACCUCCAGCGGAAGCGGAGGGGGUCCCACACCGGCCAGCUCCAGCGAGUCCCUCAGCCCCAUCCACGGAGCCAUGCUGAGGUCCAUUGCCAACACUGAGCCACCCAUCCGCCGCAGCACUGGCUCCUCCAGCGACACUAUGAGCACCUUCAAGCCUGUGGUAGCACCCCGCAUGGGAGUGCAGCUCAAACCCCCUGCCUUGAGGCCCAAGCCUUUGGUGCUGCCCAAGUCCAGCCAGGCACCACAGCCUCCUCCUACGUCUCCUCAGGACCCUCUGGACAAGUCCUGCACCAUGUAACAUCCGGCUCAGGAACCAGAGAUGUAAAACAAAAACUUCUCCUCGAUUUCCAGAUGGAUGCACAAUGCUACCAGAGUCUAUACAAAUAUCUAAAAGUAUGUAAAAUACAUGGACCUGGACAGGGAAAGACUUCUUGCCUUGUGAGAUGGCUGAAGUUUUAAAUGAGAGCAUAAAGAGGAAGUAGAGGUCAGUGUAGAUAGAUUUGUCAGUCAGACAAAUCACCUCUCUAGUUAUGUGUUGAUAGGCUUAGGUUGACAUUAUCAAUGACAUGUUCUUUUUAUAAAAUAAAUUUAAACAACAAAUCACAAAGGCUUCCUUCAAGGUUUUAGAAAAUGUAUACUAGUUAGUUUAGUUCAUGAACUGUGUGACUUUGAACAAAACACAGUGCAUGUAGCUCCUGUUUACCACUGACCCCGGAACAGUGCUCGUAGUGACCCCAGUGGUGUCCUGACAUAUAUAGAACUUGAUUUUUUUGUUUUUGUUCUUACCUAGGAGGGUCCCUGAAGGUGUUGUGAGUUGCUUCCUAAGCCUUACCUUUUUGAGAUGUAGCUGAAAUAUAAGGUGCUGUGACAACCUGACAGAAAUAGUUUGAUGGUGGGGCUGAUUAUAACCCUGAAGAGCCCUCAACAACUAACGGUACUCUGUUCAUACAUUAAUAGUAGCAUGUAAAGUCUGAAAAUUUCUUUGACAAGAUGUACCAUCAGUUGUCUCAGAAAUGUAAAAAAGAUCCCUCCUGCGCUGGAUUCACUUCUCACGUUGCCUGGAACAACAUCUGACUAUUGGAUAAAACCACUAUUUCAUUGUGAACUUUGAACAUUUCAGUGCAUUCUUGAAUUCCCGUGUCAGUCGCUCACAAUGAAGGGACACUAUAUGCCUAAUAACUUAUGCCUUUUCAUCUUUAUAAUCUGUGGAGAGUAGUGUGAAAUGAUCACAAAUCAUCUCUUACCUACAAUAUACACAACACAGUUAAAAAUACGGUGCGGGACACUUGCUUUAGCGUCAUUUAUGCCUCGCUCGGCUUUAUCUAUCCAAAGACAUGACUGAAUAAGUUAAAGCAUGGAUGUUGACCCUCCGUAUAUGGUGUAGACAUUUUUCAUAUUGACUGAUGUGUAUAGAACGAAGGCAGCGCCUUGUGGGAGUGCUGCCGGUAGCCAUGAACCUAAUGACUGUUACUGUAAAAGCCUCCAGAUAUGUCGACCCUGCUUCCCCUUUUCUUUCUUUGUCAAAGUCUCUGAAAACAGCCGCUUGCUUAGAGUCUCUCUAGUCUGUUUUCUGUUCAGGUGAGGAUGUCAGUGAUUUGUUUUUGUAUUCCUCUGUGACUGACACCGACAUCUGUGGACUUGCUGCACUUGAUGACACACAACGGCUGGCGUGCGACAGGAAGACGGCACGUGCAACAGGAGGACGUAUCACACAGUUGGUGAAGAAGAGCCCAUGUCAGUCAGCUCAUAUUGUACGUGUCCAGAUCAAGUAAUAAUUAUUUCUAAAUGCAAUAGCCCUAGUGAAACUGUAUGUGCCAGUGACAUGUAUGUGACAGCACCCCUGUAUGUCGUUUUUUAAGUAGUGCUGUAGAAAUAACACUAGUGGGUGCAUGUUGUGGGAAUGUUUGACUAGAGUAAUAACAUCUAGAAAAGACUUGUUUUGCAAUGAACAAGCAAUGUUCUUUCAGCAGGUUUACACUGUCUUUGACAGACAUUGUCUGUAUAAUAAUCAAAAGUUAAUUGAUUUUUGAAUUACUAACUUUUAUUUUUAUAAUCUCUUUCUAUGUUGUCAUUGUUCUGGGUAGAAAUGACUUAAAUUUAGAACAAAUGUAGAGUAUACAUCCAGAGAUGCAGGCGUUCCACCUGUAGUAUGAAGCUAGUUGUGAAAAAUGCGUGCGCUUUCAUCACUAUGUAUCGUCACCAGUAGGACUCGGUUAUGGCGUCUGUAGGCGUUAAGCUACUCUGUGAUAUUAUGUACAUCUGUAAUAUGUACAGUAUUUGUGAAAAGUGCCUUUAAAUAUGUUUUAGAGGAGCUUGACAUUCUAACCUGUGGGAUGUUUUUGAGGAAACGUAUAAGAAUAAGUAAUGAUGCCAUUUUCCAAACAACUUAUCACAGAAUUAAUAAAUAAACAGCUUUCCCACUUUUAUGUAUAUAACUGUAUAUAUGGCAUGUAACAUCAUGAUGUUUAGAGUUCUUCGAGGGCUUAUAACUCCAAGAAUUUCUUUCUAAUAAA